AUGGAAAAAUCCUGGAUGCUGUGGAGCUUCACUGAAAGAUGGCUACUGGCCUUGGAGUCUUGGGCUCUCUGCCGCAUCUCUCUGUUACCUUUGAUAGUGACUUUUCAUCUGUAUGGAGGCAUUGUCUUACUUUUGUUAAUAUUCGUGUCAAUUGCAGGUAUCUUAUAUAAAUUCCAAGGUGUCUUGCUCUACUUUCCAGAACAGCCAUCUUCUUCCCGCCUUUAUGUUCCCAUGCCCACGGGUAUUCCCCAUGAAAACAUUUUCAUCAGAACCAAAGAUGGAGUGCGCCUGACUCUGAUCUUGGUAAGAUACACUGGAGACAAUUCCCCCUAUUGCCCAACCAUAAUUUAUUUUCAUGGAAAUGCCGGCAACAUGGGCCACAGGUUACCAAAUGCACUGCUUAUGCUGGUGAACCUCAAAGUGAAUCUCGUGCUUGUUGAUUCGGGCUAUGGGAAAAGUGAAGGAGAAGCCAGUGAAGGACUGUAUUUGGAUUCUGAAGCUGUGCUAGAUUAUGUGAUGACGAGACCUGCCCUCGAUAAGACAAAGGCUUUCCUUUUUGGCCGUUCCCUGGGAGAAGCAGUGGCCAUUCACUUGGCUUCUGAGAAUUCUCACAGGAUUUCAGCCAUCAUGGUGGAGAACACAUUCCUAAGCAUACCACACAUGGCCAGCACUCUAUUUUCAUUCUUCCCAAUACGUUACCUUCCUUUAUGGUGCUAUAAAAAUAAGUUGCUGUCCUACAGAAAGAUCUCCCAGUGCAGGAUGCCUUCUCUCUUCAUCUCUGGCCUCUCUGACCAGUUGAUUCCACCUGUGAUGAUGAAACAGCUCUACGAGCUCUCCCCAUCCUGGACUAAGAGAUUAGCCAUUUUCCCAGAUGGGACACACAACGACACAUGGCAGUGCCAAGGCUACUUCACUGCACUAGAACAGUUUAUCAAGGAAGUGAUCAAGAGUCAUUCUCCCGAAGACAUGACAAAAACAUCAUCCAAUGUCACCAUCAUCUGAUGCCAUCCUCUUGAUGGAUGCCUUGGGUU